GACAGGUACACAGGGCUCCUGUCUAUCGGAACUGUCACAUGUGUCACGGAUACAGAAGAGACUGUUAAAACAAGGAAAGUAAUUAAAUCAAAAGGGGCAGGGGGACAUGGCCAACUUCAAGGGGCACGCUCUCCCGGGCAGCUUCUUCCUGCUGUUUGGCCUGUGGUGGUCGGUGAAAUACCCACUCCGACACUGCUGGAAGAAGGGCCAGGCGGGAGGGAGACACAGACCACCAAAGUUCUUCAACACAAUGGACUUUGUGGAGGGGGCAAUCAAAAUUUUCUUUGCCUUUGUGGGCAUCAUGGCAGAGCAGUUUGUGCCCGACGGGCCCCACGCCCACCUGUACAACAGUGAGGAGAAGUCCUGGGUGAAGCUGAUGAACUGGCAGCACAGCACCAUGUACCUGUUCUUCGGAAUCUCCGGCAUCGCGGAUGUCCUCACCAUGUCCCCCCUGCCCGUCCCGCUCGGUCUCGACCGCCUCGCUCUCUCCCUGGCACUCUUCGUCGAAGGAUUCCUGUUCUACUUCCAUGUGCACAACCGGCCUUCCCUAGACAAGCACAUCCAUUCCCUGCUGCUGGUGGCUGUUUUCGGGGGCUCUGCCAGCACCCUGCUGGAGGUGUUUAAGAGGGAACACACCGUGCUGGAACUGUUCAGGAGCAGCCUGGCCAUCCUGCAAGGGACCUGGUUCUAUCAGAUCGGCUUUGUGCUGUACCCGCUGAGUGGACCGCAGUGGGACCUGGAGCUCCACGACAACAUCAUGUUCAUCACCAUGUGCUACUGCUGGCACUAUGCCGUCGCCUUGCUCAUCGUCGGCAUGAACUACAGCCUCGUCUGGUUUGGUGUGAAGAGGUGUACAAGGAGGCAGCUCGGUGACAUGGAGAUCAGCCUGAAGACGACUUUGAACUCUGAUGCCAGCUCCCACAAGGCCCUGCUCCAGGACUCUGACGAGGAGUAGGCAGCCAUGCCUCAACAGAAGAAUAGCUCACAGCCUUAUUAAUUUUAUUUAAACUGAAAGAAAUGUGUUUGCUUUUAUUCUCAAAGACACACGUUGUGGUGGAUUCAACACCUAAUGGGACUCAGUACAGAAAUCUGAUAUAAAGCCCUUUUCUUUUUUCAAUCGUGCCUUCAAUAAAAUAUAAAAAUUAAGUAUUCCUCACUGCAAAUAUGUCAAUAAAGUACUUUUUUAUGAGUGAAA